GGUCGAUGUCGUUGAUCUUGUCAAAUUUUUAAACAAAUUUUCCUUAUUUUGCUAUGUUAUAAUUUAUAAAAAAGUGUGUUGAUGUGUUAAAUCCACUGCCGACAUGAUUUUUUUGUGGGCCCUCCUAUUGACCCCUGCUGUCUGGGCUCAGCUGGAGGAGAGAGAAAUGGAUCUUCAGUGCCCUCAGCAUUGGAUUCAGUUUCAAAGAUCUUGCUAUCGGUUCAUAAAAUCUCCGCUGCGCAAUCGCAAUGAUGCUCGCAGGAAUUGCCUUGCGUAUGAAUCCGAACUGAUUAACAUAAACAAUGCUGAGGAGCACGGAUUCAUUAUCUACCAGCUUCUGUGGCAAGAUCCACAACAUAGACGCUGGUAUACAGGCUUGAGACAAGCAAGCCCAGGAUACUGGGUAAAUGAGGAUGGCACUCAACUAUCAGACAUGGAUGCCGCAUUUUUACCAGAACAGGAGUCAUCUUAUGACAAAGAAUUCCUAGUGUACAGUUUCUCAAAUCAACUGAAACGGUGGGGAUUCGAAAAAGUAAAGGGUGAUGAAAUGCUGUUGUACAUCUGUGAAGCUCCUGCCAACAAACUUCAUUAUCUAGUUGUAGAUGACCGUACUCAUGAAUAUGGGCUGGAUAUCAAAAACUUAGAGGAAAUCCCUCGAGGGCCGUAUUUCAUCAAGCAACCUGUUGAUAUCGUCUUUGAUCUCACAAAACGAAAAAUCACCAAUGAUGUGUAUUUGAGAUGCUCAGCUGGUGGAUACCCUGCUCCAACGUAUGAGUGGUUCAAAGAAGAGUAUGAAAAUGAUCGCUUGGUGGCAAAGAAAAUCAAUCCUUUGAAAGAAUCACGCUUAACAUUAAGUGGUGGAACAUUGAUCAUAAAUAAUCCUGAUCAGGUCGCUGAUCGAGGCACCUAUCAUUGCAAAGCCACAAACAAAUUUGGUACCAUUAAAUCAGAAAGUGUUCAGCUCUCUUUCGGUUUCAUCGGUGAAUUCAACCUGAAACGGUCCCAGGAAAGUGGGAAUCAAAACUGGGGUAAAAGCGUGUACUGUGAUCCUCCUCAGCACUAUCCUGCUGUCAACUACUAUUGGGCUCGUGAUACUUUCCCCAAUUUUGUGGAGGAAGACAAAAGAGUGUUUGUUUCUUUUGAUGGUGCCUUGUAUUUUUCUGCUUUGGAACACAUUGAUAGUGGAAAUUACAGUUGUAAUGUUCAGAGCAAAGUUUCUGACACUGGUCGAAACGGUCCUUUCUUUCCCUUGCGUGUCAAUCCACACUCAAACUUUCAGCAACUGAAGUUUCCCAACAACUUUCCCAAGGCAUUCCCUGAGGCUCCUGUUGCUGGUCAAGAAGUGCGUUUAGAAUGUAUCGCCUUUGGAUAUCCUGUGCCAUCCUACAAUUGGACAAGAAAGGGUAGCCAUUUGCCUCGUGGAUCAUACUUGACCAACUUCAACCGUGUUUUGAUUAUCCCCAAAGUACAAGUUGAAGAUCAAGGUGAAUAUGUGUGCUACGCAUUCAACGAAAAAUUGGCCCUACAAAACAGCGUCAUUCUCAGUAUCCAAGCUGAACCAAACUUCACCAUUCCCCUUGUUGACAAACACGUCGACAACAAAGCUGACCUGACAUGGACGUGCGAAGCUUUUGGUAUACCCGAUGUUCAGUAUCGUUGGUUUAGAAAUGGUGAUCCACUAAUUAUCGAUGAAUUGCCAGAUGAAGACAGAGAUCGUUACUUUAUUCAAGAUAAUGUCUUAACAAUUCGUUACUUGAGUGCAGAAAGGGAUACUGGAAUGUAUCAAUGUCAAGCGCAGAAUCAACUUAAAACUAGAUAUUCAUCCGCUCAACUUCGUGUCCUGUCUUUGAAACCAACAUUUAGGAAAAGACCAGUUGAGGCCGAGACUUAUGCUGGAGAAGGAGGGAACGUCACAAUCAAGUGUAACCCAGAAGCUGCUCCUCGUCCUAAAUUCACAUGGAAAAAGGAUGGCAAUGUGAUAGGCUCCGGUGGACGCAGGAGAAUAAUGGAAAAUGGAAACCUCAUCAUCGCUCCUGUUUCAAGAGACGAUGAAGGUCUAUAUGUAUGUCGUGCUGAAAAUGAGUACGGCAGUGAUGAAAGUUGGGGCAGGCUCAUUGUUCUUCGUAGCUCUACGUUCAUUGAGCAACUGGCUCCUAGAAUUGUACUACCGUUCAGGCGUAAUUUGGAACUUCGAUGCCAAGCUGUAAGUGAGGAAUUUUUGGACAUCUCAUACACGUGGACUCACAAUGGUGCUGAUAUCUCCGAUCCUGAUUGGUUUUUCCCUAGAUUGAGAGCUGAAGGAGGGAUUUUGGACAUCUACAAUGCCUCAUUUUCAGAAGGUGGUGACUAUGAAUGUAUCGUGAAAAGCCCUGUUGGUAAAAUUGCUUCCAAAACUUCCAUCAUAAUUGAAGGGCCUCCUGGUCCACCAGGUGGAGUCUUGGUUUUGGAGGUGAUCAAAACAUCAGCUGUCCUUCAAUGGACGGACAGCACUAGCAAUGGAAGACCGAUUACACAUUAUGCUGUUGUUGGACGCACUAACUGGAAUGACACUUGGUAUUUGGUUGCUGAAAAUGUAGCUGCCAAAGAAAUCGAUCGUUACACUGGUCGGAAAGAAGCAAUGAUUGAAAAUGUUUUGGCUCCAUGGUCCACCUAUGAGUUUAGGGUCCAGGCAGCAAACGAAUAUGGAUAUGGUACGCUUUCAACCCCAUCUCCUCAGUUCAACACUCCUGGGGACAAGCCUUACAGAGCUCCUUCAAAUAUCGUCGGUGCGGGUGGCAAGAUCGGUGAUUUGACUAUUGCCUGGACUCCGUUGAGUCGACAACAUCAAAAUGCUCCUGGAAUUUAUUACAAAGUAUUUUGGAAAAGACAUGUUGGUGAAAAAGAAUUCCAGAGCCUAGCAUUAAAAGAUCAUGGCAAUGUUGGUGUCGCUGUCAUUAGGAUACCCUCUGAGUUUUACUACACUGAAUAUGAUGUCAAGGUUCAGGCUGUGAAUGAAAUUGGUUAUGGUCCAGAAUCAGAGGUAGUAACAAUAUACAGCGCUGAAGACAUGCCUCAAGUAGCGCCUCAACAGGUGUCGGCUAGAUCAUUCAACUCUACUGCUUUGAAUGUCACUUGGGAACCAAUUGAUUUACGCCGAGAACUUAUCCGUGGAAAAUUAAUUGGGCACAGAUUGAAGUACUGGAGACAAGAUAGAUCUGAAGAUCAAUCAACAUAUUACUUAAGCAGAACGACCAGAAACUGGGCAUUAAUAGUUGGUUUGCAGCCUGAUACGUAUUAUUUUGUCAAAGUUAUGGCUUACAACGGAGCAGGUGAAGGAUGGGAAAGUGAACGAUUUCUUGAGAGAACAUAUCGAAAGGCUCCUCAAAAACCACCUUCCUCUGUCGCUAUCCAUCCUGUCAAUCCAGAUACCAUCAAAGUCACAUGGCGUUAUGUUGCGCCUAGUAUAGAUGAAGAACCAGUCAUGGGUUACAAGGUGAGAGUAUGGGAGGUAGAUCAAGAUAUGAGCACUGCCAAUGACACAUGGAUACCAAUCGGAAACAAAUUAGAAGCAUAUAUCUCGAAUCUAUCACCAGUCAAAGCAUACUACUUGCGUGUCCUAGCUUAUUCAAGUGGCGGUGAUGGUAGAAUGUCAUCACCAGCGAUCACUUUCCAAAUGGGUGAUCAAGCACUUUUUGCCAGUAGAGCUGCUCGAGGAGCUGAUUACUCAGUGUUAUCGCUAAGUUUCUUAUUUUCACUUCUCUUAUUUGGAUUUAUUGAAGUGUAACAUUUAGGUAGGUCAAUUUAAAUUUUCAGAUCCUUAUAACUCAAGGAAGAUAUCACAAUGAUAACUGUCCAGGUGUAGAUUCUUGAUGGUGUUUUGAAACAUGCUUGAUUCUGUACAGAGACUUAAAACCUGUUGCUACAAAUGGUUGGUCUGCUGAAUUCUGAGAUUCAGAUUUUAAGUUACCGUAAGUGAUUGAUCAGUCAACGCAUUUUUUGUUAUCAUAUGUUUUAUUGACCUCUGUUGUUUUUAAGCCUUAACUAAUGCUCGUUUUUGGCUUUUGCAACUUUUGGAAUAACAUCUGAUCGAUCUUUUUCUCUUUCUUCAUCAUUAAAUGUAAUUUUUCAUCAAACUUAUUUACUUUAAAAAAAUAAAUAAAUAAAUAAACUUAAAAAAAGAUGAUCGUAAGAAGACAGAGAGAGAAAAACAAAUUGGUCAGAUAAAUUUUUUAUUUUGCGUAAGAGGCAAAUUAUGUGCCCAGAUUCUUUUCUUUUUAAUCAAAGGUUUUUUAUUUUGGUAAGCAGUUUAUAUUUGACUAAACCAAUGCAACCAAGUUUAUCAUAGUAGUUGACAAUUUUACAAUGAUUCCUGUUAAUUUUUUGCAAAUUAUAUUGUAUGGCCUUGCUUCGCAUGGCACCCAUAUUAAAGGAAUCAAAAAAGUGCAUUCAAAGAGAAGGAUAAAAGUAAUUAAUAUAACUCCUAUGAAUGGAAUGAAAGUUAAGUUCACUUCUUGGGAGUGUUUUAUAUAUAAUUGCUGCACUGGAACGAAAGGUGUAACAUGACAGAACAAGUUUGAAGGCUAUGCUACUGUGCUUAGGAAAUAAGUUGUAUGAACUCUCAGACGUUUCCAGAUUUUCUAUGAUAAGAUACGAAUUUUCAGAGAAAUCUGUGAAUAUUUUCCCUACGAUUUCGCAGAGAAUUUCAUUCUUAGUGAGAUCUACAUUAUCUGAUCAUUUCAAGGUAAUUUAUCCAUAACUCUACUAAAAAAUCAACAUUUUAUUGGAGGAAGUUUGGCGACUCUUGAAUGCUCAUACAGUCUUUUUCCUCAGCAUGGCAGUAUGGAUCAGUGUUCAUUUUAUUUUUAGGACCAAAAUUUUUUGACCGCUGAACUUAGCAUUUUUCGCUAAAGUGCGAAUCAGUCAAGCAAACCAAAAUGUACAGUUGUGCAAACUUGACAAAACUAUGCUUUUUAUCAGUCAAAUUAUUUUAGUUAUGCAUUUUCCAGUGCAGCAUAAAACUUUUUGUAACAUUCCAAUAGUGCAGUAGGAAAACUUAAACAUCAUGCUGCACUUUGAUAUCUUCUGUGAAUUGAUACUCAAUGCUUCUGUAUUUUACCUGUUCAUAGUUUUUUUUUAGUAUGACUAAGCAAUUAAUUUUUAACCAUAGGUAUUCUACUGUCUUUCCCUCAUUUUCUUUUUUCUGACACGUUUCAAAAGACUGAAAAAGAUCUUAAAUUAUUCUGUAUUCAGUAUCGACUGCCCAUCUCGCAGAAAUUUGUUCUAAUGUGAGAUACACUAAGAGAUCUAGAGUAUGUUCAGUGUUUGUAGAUCUUUAAAAUGAAAUCUGGAGUUAAUUAGUAUUGUUUACUUCAUGAAGCAUUGACAAGUGAGAACUUGAAAUCGAAAAGAGCACUUCUCUCGUCAGGUACUGUGCUGUAGAGUCACCAUCAACAAUUUCUUUUUCAAUAUUUCUUCUCCCAUUGAAGAGUAAAAAUGUAAAAGGGAAUUCUGAAACUGAGAUGUGUCCUUUUCGCACUGAAGUCCUCAAUUUUAAGUGGGAGGUAUUUUUCAGUUAGAUAAGCUUCAAGUAGGACCAGAAUAAUAAAAAGUGCUCUUAUGUCUUAGGAGAAAGGUGUUCUAAUAGGUUGUUUUAAUGCAAUACUAAGAAACAUGUUUCAGUUAAAUAUGCUGCAACAGAAAUUCUCUUUGAAUCUACAGAAACUCUUAGCAGCAACAGGACGUAUCAUCUAAGUCUAAAAAAUAUUGUUUGAAAUAAGGAGAUUUCCUGUUGCUUCCCAGAGAAAUUCUCUGUGACCCUUAACAGAAAAUUUUUUCAAUGUAAUAAUUAUUUUUCUCUUUUUCCCCUCUUGAGUUUCCAGCUUAUGGAUCUAUUCAGAGCUUCUCUACGCACUCCUCUUUGAACUCAAUAAAAUUAAGAAGACGUUUAUCAUUUAAAAUUGGGAUCCAAUAUUUCAGUUUGUUAAAAAUCCUCAAAAAAAAUUAAUGAAAGUUUGAAAGGGGUGCGGCUGCAAAGCGCAAAACCAAGUAUUUCUAUUGGGGUGUUUCAAAAUUUCUGCCACCGUUUAAUUUUUUCAAAGAGAAACAAGGAAACUCUUUAGCUGGAAAAUCAUACUGAGUAUUCUGCUAACAAAGAAGGAAAAUAAAAAAAAAAUGUUCGAGAAAUUAUGUCGCCUACUUCUCAAAAGAAAAAGAAAGUAUGGCAGGAAUUUCGCAACGCCGCCAAAGAAGAAAUAUGGUUUUGCACUUUGUCCAUUGUCAUAUUUAAUCACAUUUACUGGUACCUAAGAAAGUGCCUGUAAUUUGAAAUGAAACUAAGGACAUCCUUGCCCUAAAAUAUAUAAUUGUCGUUAUUCUUAAUGCAGCUACUUUUUCAGCCGUUGAUCAAAAAGAAAGACUUUAAUGAUGGUGUAGCACUGUACAAAGCAACUUGUUUAAGUAUUGAUUUUUAUUUACCGAUGACAGUGACGCACAGUCAAUCAUAGAUUUUUUGAAAAUAAAAAAAAUCCUUGUUUCCUAACUUUAAGCACGUUGUAUGUAAAAUAUUUUAUUAUAUGAUGUCUUUUUGUGUAAAGAUAAUGAAAAUUGCAUAGUUUCAGGUUGUGAAGCUUGUAUCAAGGUGUACGAGAAGUCACUUAUUUUUAAUUGGACGUUAAUUUGUAAAUAGUUCAAACUAUUGUGACGCAUUGAAUUUAUCCAUAGAUUUUUUUAAUUUUUUACCAUAAAAUUGUAAGCAUUCCUCAUUAGAACUGUACUUUUUGUUUAUUUUUUUUAUUUAUUUUUGUUUUUACCAUUAUUUUCUGAAUUUGACCCUCAUUCUGCCGUUCAAAGCAAAACCGCCACAACUCCAUUCUAGAUUUUUUCAAUUUUUUUCUCAAGAGAUGUUGUAUCGUAGAACAAACAAAGAGACCCUUGGCUCCCAUAACUCUUGUAUAUUUUCCGAAGGAAAUAAUCUAUUUUAGGAAUAAUUGUGUCAUACUGCUAAGAACUCAAACUGAAAAAAUAAAGCAUUAUGGUGAUUAGGAUUUUUUGGAACAGAUUAGAAUAGUACUAUUUAUAGUAUGUAUUGGUGUGAUUGGAGUUAAGCGUUUUGGUAUGGACGGCAGCAGUCCGCUCUCAGUAAUUAUGUUUUGUUUAUCAGUAUGAACAUCUGUAUUUCAUUAUUGAUUUUGAAGUGCCUCUUUGUAGAAUUAGUUUUGUACAUUAUGGCCUUAGACUCUGAAUUCCAGAAUGAAUUCGACAAUGAACAUUAUUACAUGAUAAUGUGUGCAUGUUUUGGAAAUUUUUAAUCCGCAGGCAAUUGGAUCUGUAAUAGCCAGUAGUUGCAGGAUUCUGCAGUUAGUUUUUAUUUUUCAAAAAAAAUUUUGUUUCUUUGUCUCCCGCGGAUUUUUAUUAAACUCAUGUACACAUCUAAGUCUAUGUAGCAUGGAUUCUCCAUGUAGAUUUACUUGUUUUGCACACAUGCGUUUAAUGAAAAGCUGCUUUAUGUGGCCUCAAGACAAUUUGUUCAUUGACAUCCAAGUGUUAAAUUAUGUUUUGAAAUGUAAGAAAAAGUAUGAGGAAACUUUUACAGAGAAAAAUUAAUUUUGUUAUUAACAUAAUUUAUUAUUUUAAAAUUGUAUCUCUCAGAAUGUAAAAGAUCCUUUAUCACUCAGAGAGUGUUAGUCAAAUCGUCAAGGUUCAAAUUAUGACUUCUCAUUGCAUGUUUUUUCAUAAUUUUGCAUUAAAAAUCAUGAAAACAUAUCUAAAGAAUAAAUUUGCUCAGAUACCAAAAAAAAAUUGUAACAAAAGUAACUACCGGAUCAGUGGGAGGGAGAGACCAAAAGUAAUUCUGGCAACUCAACCUCUUUGCUUGAUAUCUUGAUAAAUUUGCACUAUAUUUUCUCUACCAGAAAAGUAAUAAUGUCAGUUUUAUUUAAAAAUGGCUUAAACUGCCAAUCAAUUUCCGUUUGGAAAUCAUUCUCCGAGUCUUUUUCUGUAAUCAUACUUUUUGUGAUUUUCCGAGGAAAAACGUGCAAUGCAUUGCCUGAAUGGAGGCUUUGCGUACUGUAUUUUAUUUGAUUAAAUGAUCCUUCUGUUUUUGACAAGUAUUCCAAAAAUAUUCUAAAUUUCUUUCGAAAUCCAUUUCCGUCCUAAAAAGUUUAAAAUGUACAUUCUAAAAAAAUUAAUUUAUUGUUAAUUAAUUGUAAGGCAUACUUAAUAUGUAUAAGAGAUCUGCAAGUGUAAUAUUUUCCGUCCGUUUUUCACUUUUUUAUGAUGUAUUUAUUAUUUUUUGUACUAUAAACUUGAGCAAAAUAUAUGAAAAUUUAUGAAUCUCUUCA